AUGGGAUGUUUUCAGUCGCUCGGACGUUUAUUACUUAUUGUGAUAAACAUUAUAUUCUUUUUACUAGGCCUGACAUUGAUCAUAGUCGGGUUUAUUUUGCGGUUCGGAGAGUCCAUAUACGGACCCAUGCUUGAGGUCGGGAUGGCCAAGCUGCAGUUGGCGCUAAGUGACACCAGUAUGGCCAAUUUCGACGUGGGCAGUAUACAAUUAGGAGAGGUAAUGGUAGGCCUUUCUGCCGGCGUGAUUAUUGGUGGACUAAUUCUUGCAGCGCUUGCCAUGUUUGGCUGGUGCGGAGCCUGCUACAGAAUGAAAUGCUUCCUCUACAUCUAUGCGUUAGUUAUCUGCAUUUUCGUACUGGCGGAAGCUCUGACUAUUGGGAUAUUGUACGGAAAACCAGACGUGGUCAAAGAUCCAGUCAAAUCCCAGAUGUCAGACUUUAAAGGGCUCAGCUCGUCCGAGGUGUACACGCUGGCUUGGAAUAUCGUUAUGAUCCAGUACAAAUGUUGUGGUGUUGACGCCUACACCGACUUUACGUCAACUGGGGCGUGGACGACGGCGGCGGCUGGCGUUACGUUAGUGACGCCGAUUGCGUGCUGUAAGGAUCUCCCAACCGGCAAUUCCGUGUCGGAUUUCGACUGCGCAACAUCCUACAAUGCUACUCUGAGCAAUGGCAUGACGGGCUGCUUUGACACGAUAUGGGACUUGUCAUUUGGAAAGACAUUGUACGCUGUUCCGGUCCUAGUUUGCUGUGCAAUUAUUCAGCUGAUGUUUGUUAUUUUCGCGAUCAUCGUGGGCAAAUCAUCGGAACAGAACGAGAAAGUGCGACCUCUUUAA